AUGCUGGACAACCAAAUUGCCGACGGCCUUGAUGCCACCGUUAAUCUCCUAUCCACUGAUAGCCAGGCCCACAACCAGGCACAAAAUGCCAUCGCGUCCGCACCGCAUCCUCACAACGUCGGGAAUUACAACGACAAUGUCUUCCACAAUAUCGCAGACGUCGGCGAGCAAUUAGCCAACGUCCAAGGCCCUGAUAUUCAGGCGAAUCCCGACGCCGUUGGUAUUCAUCCCAAUCUUCCCCGAGACAUUCUCGCCGUGGACACAAUGUCACGGGCAGAGCUCGUCGCGGCUCUGGAAGUUCUGUCGGCUACGAACCUUCCUGCGGAAGCGGUCUGUAUCGACGUGGAGAUCGUCGAAGCCAUCAUCACUGCGACCGUCACCUUUCUGCACCAUAACCACACCCAGUGCAUUCAUAUCGACAAAGCGACGGGCGAACGCUGCACUGCUCACGCCUAG